AUGCUUCCAGAUCGGAGCCUUUCCAUUCGGGGAGUCUUGACACUCACGAGAACAUUGACGCAGACUUCUCCCUCAUCAUCAUCAACGAUAAGACUCUGCAGCACGAGACUCAGACCAAGGCCAACAUCUCCUCGCCAAGUGGGACGCUUCUCAACCACUCCUCGAACCCAUGCGACCACGUCCACCUCGAUCGCCUCACAAACACCAAGCGCAACUCCUCCGCCGCGCCGCUCGGCCACAUCCAAGCUACUGGCUUUCACCCUCAUCACCGCCUCAGCCAUCUACUAUCUCACCACUGACGACGCAGCACCGUCGUCAGCUCACAUAUUCAACGACCACCGCUUCACCCCCUUCACUCUGGUAGACCGCGAACCUGUAUCAGCGACCUCUUUCGUCCUCACCCUGCACCCCGCCACCACCACCCUCCCGCCAUCUGAGGUAGCCGCCCAGCUCGCUGCCCCCUGGACAGCAAACGACCUCUGGUCCCUCGAAGUCAAGCAGCCCCAGUUGCAGAUCGCCCGCGAGUACACGCCGCUCCCCAAUGCCCCCCCGGGUGCCCUGCGCUUCCUCGUGCGCGCCAUCAACGGCGGCGAAGUCUCGACUUAUCUGAGCCGCCUGCCCCUCGGCGCCACCAUCGACCUCCGCGGACCCCACGGCAGCUUCGAUCUCCAAGCCCGCCUCCGUCCCGAGGGCCGCCUCGUCUUUCUCGCAGGCGGCACCGGCAUCGCCUCCGCCCUGCAAGCCGCACAUUCCGUCCUCGACCGCACCGACAGCCGUCACCCGGCCGUGACCAUCCUAUGGGCCGUCCGCGCCCGUGACGAGAUCCAGGCCACCCAGGCCGCAGCAGCAGCAGCAGCAGCAGGACCAGCCUCACCGCGCCGCCCCUGGUGGAACCCCUUCCGCGCCGCGGCCCCCGAGCCCGAGCUCCUGACCCCAGACAUCGCCGCCCCAACCCAGACGACCCGCGACCUCCUGGCCCUGCAGUCCCGCCACCCUUCCCUCCACGUCCACUUCUUCGUCGACGGCGACACGCCGCCCCUCGCCGCCGCCGCCCUCGCCGCCACCCUCCGCGCCGCGCCGCCGGCAUCGCACAACGACACGUGCGCCCUGCACGCGCAGACGAGGCACGUGGCCGUCGCCGACGGCGGGCCCAACGCCGGGACGCGGUCUCGUUUCCCCGCCGGCGCGUGCGCGUGCGCGGGCGCGGGUGCAGGUGCAGAUGCGGGUGCGUCGCCGCCGGGGAAGAACCUGCUGCUCGUGUCGGGGCCCGACGGCUUCGUCGCGGCGUUGGCGGGCGCCAAGCCGUGGAGGGGCGGCGGACAGGUGCAGGGGCGUGUCGGCGGGGUGCUGGGCGAGCUGGAGAGGAGGGAGGGGGGGUUGCUGCGGGAUUGGCUCGUGUUGAAGCUUUGA